CAGCUGCAAUCUCAUGACGUCAAAUUUAUCCGACGCGAAUAGAGACCGCUUUUAGUAUCCGACCCGAUCGGAUCAGAUAAUGUCAAUACACAUGCGGUAAGAGAGCAGCUAUUAAAAGAUAUUGUGUUUUAUAACACGUUUUAAUUGUCGUUUUUUUUAUCGGCGCUGUUUAAUAGUAACAAUUUAUAGAACAUCGUGACAUAUAAGACAACACAACGCAGGUAGAAGACGUCUCUACAAGUCACGGACGAUGACCUUAAAACCUAGCUGGCUGCUGCUACUAUCCAUCUCUGCUGGGGUCUGGUCCGUGCCUAUUGAUCGCAAUGGAGACAACCAGGAAGCAAAAGAGGAAGUGCCGGAGGAGAACGCGGACACAGGCCUGUACUACGACAGGUAUCUCAGAGAGGUGAUCGAGGUUUUGGAGACAGACCCUCACUUCAGAGAGAAACUGCAAACAGCCAACACAGAGGACAUCAAGAAUGGCCGUCUCAGUAAAGAGCUGGACCUGGUCGGUCACCAUGUGAGGACGCGCCUGGAUGAGCUGAAGCGUCAGGAAGUUUCUCGCCUCAGGAUGCUGCUCAAGGCCAAACUGGACAGCACCAACACGCAGAGCCUGCAGAUGGACCACGCCUCCCUGCUGAAGCAGUUUGAACAUCUGGAUCCCCACAAUCAAAACACCUUCGAGGCCAAAGACCUCGAGCUGCUAAUCUCGACGGCCACCAAGGACUUGGAGAACUACGACGCCGAGAGACACGAGGAGUUCAAGCGCUAUGAGAUGCUGAAGGAGCACGAGAGACGCGAGUACCUGAAGGGCCUGGACCAGGAGAAGAGGGAGACGGAGGAGAAGAGACUGCAGGAGCUUAAGGACAAACACCACCAGCACCCUAAAGUCAAUGCUCCGGGUAGUGUCGCUCAGCUACGGGAAGUUUGGGAGGAGACAGAUGGACUGGAUCCUCAGGAGUUUAACCCCAAAACAUUUUUUAAACUGCAUGAUACAAAUGAAGAUGGUGUUUUAGAUGAACAAGAAUUGGAGGCUCUCUUCACUAAAGAGCUGGAGAAGGUCUACGACCCGAAGAAUGAGGAAGACGACAUGAUGGAGAUGGAGGAAGAAAGGCUUCGGAUGAGGGAGCAUGUCAUGAAGAAUGUGGACGCAAAUAAAGAUCGUCUCGUCAGCCUGGAGGAGUUCCUGAAAUCCACCGAGAAGAAGGAGUUCAGUAAUCCCAAAGAGUGGGAGACUCUGGAAACCAGACCGGUGUACACCGAGGAAGAGCUGCAGCGAUUUGAGGUUGAACUCCGGGACAAAGAGGAGGAGCUGAAGAGGAAGGCAGAGAAUCUGCGUCAGCAGCAGGACCUGCUGAAGGAGAGAGGCAAAGCCCUGGAGGCCCAGAGGAGAGAGUACCAGCAGGCAGUUUUAGAGAUGUCCCAGAGACAGAAGGAACAGCAAGCAGCAGGCGGGCAGCCUCCUGCAGGUCCUCAUGGAGAGCUACAGUUCCAACCAGAGAUACAAGUGGAAGAUAAAGAGGCAAAAGUCCCAGCUGAGCAUCAAGCCGAGCUCCCGAAUAAUCUGCCUGCAGAGCCUCCACAGAAUCUGCCUUUACACACUUAAUGCAGUACGCUCUGACAGCCUUAAAACACAAACACACACACAAAAACACACACGCACACACUCGAUUUGCACUGACACAGAUAUCCAGAUGGGUUCCUCAAACUAAAUUACGUGAACUGUAUGUAUAAAUUCAGAGAGACUUGGCUCGUGAACCAUGACAUAUCGUACUGUGUGUUCAUCUUUGUGGUCUACAUCAGAUUUAAAGACCUUAAAUGGCCUUCAGUGUAAAAUUAUAAACCUCUUCAAAUAAAGUCUUAAUUUAAACCAAA